CGAACCUGCCGGACGUCAUACUCCUCACAUCCCGGGCCUCGCACCCGCCGCGAAGACCGUCCGAUGGAGAACGAUUCGACGUUCGUCGCGCCCGAAGGCGUGUACUCGGUCACCGAGGAGCACAAGCCCACGUCGCACACCAUCAAUGCCGUCCCAACGCUGUACCCCACGAAGUUGGCCACUGCUGUCGUGCGGUUCCCGGCCGCGAAGAGCGCGGCACAGGGACUCGCUCAUUUACUUGGAGGCGGUGGGAACAGGGAUAGAGACGGGAAGAAGGAGAAGGCACUCCGCCCUGAGGAUGCGAGCAUAUCCAGCAGCGACACGGAAGACUCGCCCUCACAAUCCAACCCCGAUGCAUCCACCUCGAUCUCACCGGAGUCCACGCCCCAGACGCUCUUCUCGCCGUCCAGACCAUCUACCGGUCGUCGGCGCACGGCGACGCGCCCGAAGCACAACAUGCGAACAACGAGCUCCACCUUCAUUACCCGUCUACAUACCGUGGAGGGCCUGACAAGGGUACUUCAGAGCAAGUCGGGCGACGUGACUUUCCUAUUCUACAAUUCGGCCAAGAGCUUCUUUUGGACGGAGGCCGGCAGUAAGGCCAAGGAACCGUUGGCAAGGAUAACAUUUUCAGCAUAUCCCACAUGUCAUGACGUGAAUAGGGCGACGCUAUCUCCCGACCGAAUGGACGUAAUCAUUGGCUUCACCACUGGCGACCUGGUGUGGUUCGACCCCAUAACCUCGCGCUACGGUCGGCUGAACAAAGGGGGGUGUAUAACCUCGUCGCCAUGCACCGCGGUUCGCUGGGUACCCCAAUCACCUACGCUCUUCCUCGUCUCUCACGCGGACGGGACCAUUCUUGUCUAUGACAAGGAGCGGGAGGACUUCGCGUCGUUCGUACCGUCAGAACCCGUAGGUGAGGACGGAGGGGAAUGGGACCCGAAUACCAGCGCCUAUGUGACGAUGCCGCCUUGGCAUCCUGCGGCGGGUGCGAACAUGACCGGAGGGAUGGACGAGAAGGAUAGGAAAGAGAAGGAUAAGGCGAAGAACCCAGUGAGCCACUGGAGGGUUUCCAAGAGGAGUAUUGUAGAUUUCGUGUUCUCCCCUGACGUCAAGUAUGUCGCGGCAAUUUCAGAGGACGGGUGUCUGAGGAUCAUAGAUGCGCUGGCAGAACAGCUUAUCGACUGCUAUGCCUCGUACUUUGGCGCGUUAACGUGCGUUGCAUGGUCCCCUGAUAAUCGGUUCGUCUUAACCGGCGGCCAAGACGAUCUCGUUACAAUUGUCUCUCCCUGGGAACAGCGCGUAAUUGCGCGGUGCCAGGGGCAUUCUUCGUUCGUAUCAGCAGUCGCAUUUGAUGACCUCCGUUGCGAUGGUCGAACGUACCGUUUCGGGAGCGUUGGGGAGGACAAUAAACUUAUACUGUGGGAUUUCUCGAGCGGUGCAUUACAUCGACCGAAGUUACAAGGCAACGCCCAUCACCAGCGCAUGUCCAUGUCUUCUACCGUGUCGCUCUCGAUGGCGGUCAGGUCACGGCUGAACCUCCCCCCGGGAGCCAUGGAUGCUAUGUCUCGGUAUCACCCUGCGCCAUCGCGGAACGAGGUCGCAGUGGUGCAACCUGUACUUGUGAAGCACCUCGAAAACGACAUCCUUGUCGACAUCGCCUUUCUUCCGCGAGGUAUGCUCACGUCCACAAAAACGGGGCAGAUAAAACUGUGGAUACGCCCACUUGCGAUGCGCUCGCGGCAAACGAGGAAUGGGCAUCGAGGCUAUGCGAGCGCAGAUACUAGUGAUUUGAUAUGAUCGCGCGUAGCCACUCCAGAGAGGAUAUAUUUAUAUCCGGUAUUCCAUUAUAUGGGGCGAACGGAUGUGGCAUUAAAGCUCGUCGUCCAUGUAUUCGUCUUCUGCGUCGUCUGCAGCAUCCAUAUCUUCCAUGUCUGCGUCGAGAUCCUCGCCUUCUUCAUCUUCUUCGUCCUCGUUGCUCUCGUCCGGGUCGGUAGCGUCCUCGGACUCUGAGUCCCGAUCGUCAUCGUCAGAGCGGUCUGAGGCUGAACCAGUCCCUUCCGUGUUGGUCUCGUCGUCGUCCGCAUCGUUCUUCUCUUCCGCCUGCGUGAGCGUCUUCCCAAGCGGAACAUACCAGCUAUAACCCCGAUUCUUGACCGCAAGAUUCAGAUCCUCAAGAUCAGCUUCCUCCUCGCUCAAUUGUUCCAUUUCGCGCCAGAUGUCCCGACGGUGGUUCAUCCUGUGCGGAACAUGAUCGGAGGGCGGCAAGGGCGUCGGGCAGCCAGGCGCCAACGGAAAGCGAGGCAAAAGCGUCGGAAAGAUCUUGGAACGUGGAAGGACGGUCGCGGUCGCGGUACUCAUCUGCAGGUCAUCGAGCAAAGGGCUCAACCGACGC